ACAGCCUCCAAACUGCAUCUGCAGAGGAUGCUCGGGACCAGGAGGAGCAAAACGAGCUGCUUGUGAGUGCUGCUGCUUUUUAUUUGCUUGGUACAAUUAAUUAUUUUCCAAUCCUAAUGCUUUUCCUCUUUGCUUUUGCCUCUGUUUUUUUUUAUUUAUUUUUUUUUCCUACCAGCUGGGUGAUUUGCAGAGGGAGGCAGAGAACUAGUGGAUUUUUGUUGUUGUUGUUGUUGUUUUUUCUGGGUAGCUGUUACUAUGGCAAGGAAACUUGAUUCAGAGAGAGGUCAGAAAUACCAGGCUGAAAAUUUCAUGCAUGUUCUGUUUCAAGCCUCAGCUGCCAGGGUUUGAGCAAGGGAGAAGGAAAAAGCACCCGAGUCCCUGGUUUUCAGAGGCUUUCCAGCCUUUUCUGCCCAAAGGUAAGGAUUUAUUUGCCAGCCCAGGCUUGGUGUCCUGUGACAUCCUGGGGCUGUGUAACAGUCAGAGCUCGUGGAAAGGCUGCCUGUGCCUUGUGGUGCCACCAGAAAUGGUGUUGGGCUGGGUCACCCAGCCCCUCCCUGCAGGUGACCCCGGGAGAAGUGGCUUUUGGAGGGGUUUUCCAAAGAUGCCGGUCCCACUCAGAACCAGGAAUGAGUGGUGAGGGUUUGGAGAGAUCUGUGGAGGGUGCUGAGCUCUCUGGACUGUUGUACAAUGGGAGUUUUGGGGUGCUGGGCCCCUCUGAAAAUCUGUUUGUUGGCAGGGAAAUGAGCUUUAUCCCUGGAGGAGGAGGAGGGAUUUCUGAUUCCCUUUGGGGUGCUGAGUGGGAGGAACGUGGACUUGGAUCUUCCUGGAGAACCUGCCCUGUGAAUGUUAUGUUUGCUGUGAUACCAGGGAACCUCCAGCUGCAGGUGCCUUUGAGGAUUUUGGGGAGAUGUGGAGUCCCACCUCCACCUGCAGCAGCGCUCUGGGGGGGGAACUGAGCCCCAGGAGAGUGGGAAUGGUGGUCCCAGGACAGCAGGAAUGGUGGUCCCAGGACAGCAGGAAUGGUGGUUCCAGGAGAGCAGGAAUGGUGGUUCCAGGAGAGCAGGAAUGGUGGUCCCAGGACAGCAGGAAUGGUGGUCCCAGGACAGCAGGAAUGGUGAUCCCAGGACAGCGGGAAUGGUGGUGCCAGGACAGCGGGAAUGGUGGUGCCAGGAGAGCAGGAAUGGUGGUGCCAGGAGAGCAGGAAUGGUGGUGCCAGGACAGCAGGAAUGGUGAUCCCAGGAGAGCAGGAAUGGUGGUCCCAAGACAGCAGGAAUGGUGAUCCCAGGAGAGCAGGAAUGGUGGUUCCAGGACAGCGGGAAUGGUGGUGCCAGGACAGUAGGAAUGGUGGUCCCAGGACAGCCUGCCUGAGGCGUGCUGGGUGUCCUGGUCCCUCCCUGCCCCUCAGAGCAGGAUCGGGCUCUGCCUGAGCUUCUGAGGCAGGUCUGGAUCUGCAGGAUCAGUGGAGAUGGAAUGAAAGCAUAACCCUCACCAUGGAGCUGGCCAACACCAAGGACUUCCAGUGGAAAUCCCUGGCCCCGCUCCCGAGCCGCAGGGUCUACUCCACGCUGGUGGAGGCCGGGGGCCAGGUCUUCGCCAUCGGGGGCUGCGACGACAGCGGUGUCCCCGUGGACUCCUUCGAGGUCUAUUCCCCCGAGGCCGACCAGUGGACGCCCCUGCCCCCCAUGCCCACGGCCCGGGCAGGGGUGGCCGUGGCCACCCUGGGCAAGAGGAUCAUGGUGGUGGGAGGGGUGGGGGCCAACCAGCUGCCCCUGAAGGUGGUGGAGAUGUACAACGUCGACGAGGGCAGGUGGAAGAAGAGGAGCUCGCUGAGGGAGGCGGCCAUGGGCAUCUCGGUGACGGCCAAAGACUACAGGGUGUAUGCAGCUGGUGGGAUGGGAGCUGACCUGCGGCCACACAACUUCCUGCAGCACUAUGACAUGCUCAAGGACAUCUGGGUGUCCCUGGCAGCCAUGCCCACGCCCCGCUACGCUGCCACCUCCUUCCUCAGGGGCACCAAGAUCUACGUGCUGGGUGGAAGGCAGUCCAAGUACGCCGUCAACGCCUUCGAGGUCUUCGACACGGACACCAGGUCGUGGACCAAGUUCCCCAACAUCCCCAACAAAAGGGCCUUCUCCAGCUUCGUGCCCACGGAGGACAAGCUGUUCAGCCUCGGGGGGCUGCGGCAGGGGCGGCUCUACAGGCAGCCCAAGUUCAUGAGGACCGUGGACGUGUUUGACGUGGAGCAAGGUGGCUGGAUGAAGAUGGAGCGCUCCUGCUACCUGAAGAAGAGGCGAGCAGACUUCGUGGCUGGGUACCUGAGAGGCAGAGUUGUCGUGGCUGGGGGACUGGGAAACCAGCCAACUGUCCUGGAGUCUGCAGAGGCUUUCCACCCUGAGAAGAACAAGUGGGAGAGCCUCCCCCCCAUGCCCACCCCUCGCUGUGCCUGCUCCAGCAUCGUGGUGCGGGACUGCCUGCUGGCCGUGGGGGGGGUGAGCCAGGGCCUGAGCACGGCCGUGGAGGCCCUGUGCCUCUCGGAUUCCUAGCUGGAUCCCGAGCUGGAUCCUGCCCAGAGCAGGACCUGCCCCUCAGUGGCCCCAGCAGUGGCACUGGUGGUGGUGCUGGCAGCUCCUGGGUCAGGUGAGUGCCACCCAAGCUGUCCUGGGAGCUUUGGAAGCUCAGCUCUGGAGCCACCACACAGAGCUGCUGGUCCUCUGCUGGGCACUGCUGUUGGAGCCCUGUGGAGGGACCCCUGCUUUGGCCAGGGGUCCCCUCCAGUCACCUCCAGAGCUCUGUGGGGGAUUCAGCUGAAGGAACUUGCUGCCGUGUCUCCUGCCCGCAGGGAGGACUCAGGACAUCUGGGAAUUGUGUCCCUGCAGCCAUCCUGACCCGCUUCCAAAAGGUUUGGAGGUGUUGGGACCGUCCAGACAGGUCAGUGGUGACUCGGGGAGGACUGUUGUGGCAUUACCCUCUUUGAGCAUCCCUGUGCUUCCCUGCACAGAUCCCUUUGGCUGCAGCAAGGGAAACUCUGAGCCUGCAGCCAGAUCGAGGGGAUCGUUCCUUUGCCUUCAUAGCAAGGCUUUUCCUGCAAACCUGUAGCAUUUUCCUGGCACUGGGGCAGAGGGGCUGCCAGUGCUGCCUGAGGGAUGAAUGCCCAAGGGGCCAUUCUGGCCCUUACUUUUGGCCCAGGACUGGCACAGAUCCUGCCUUUGCUGGGCUUCAUGCAGAGAUGGCCUCAAGUCACAGCGUUCCAACCUGGUUUUAGCUACUUUAAUGGUUUGGGAUCUUCUCCUCAGCCCUGGGAGUUUUGGGGUUACAAUUCCAGCUUGUAGCAGCUGCACCAUUGAAACUGCCUUUGGAAAAGCCCCUGGAGGAGCCCGUGCUGUGCUCUGGGGCUGUGUCAGGGCUGUGACUGCGUGAAAAUGUGAGCCCUAGACUGAAAAGGAGGAGAGGUGGGAGCCUGGGAUCGUGGAAUCACAGGAUGCUCGGGGUUGAAAGGGACCUCAGAGGCCACGUCCUGCCGUGGGCAUGGACACCUCCCACUAGCCCAGGUCGCUCCAGCCUGGGCUGGGCAGCUCUGUCCCCUUGCAAGGCGUCGCAUCCCUCCCUGAUCGCGGUCCCGGGGCGGGGCGGUCCCUGUGUCGCGGUGGCGUCACGCGGAGGGUGCGGGGGCUCUGCGGGGCCGCUCCCGCGGAGCAGCGAGGACACCGUGCGGUGGCCGCGGACACGGCGGGGCCGGGCAUCGCUCCCGCCGCUUCCCGGGAGCGGGACAGGGUCCCGCCGGUCCUUCUCCAGGCUGGAUCCCCCGCAUCCCGAGUGCCGCGCAGCUGGUAGGGCAGGGAACAGGCACCGGCUCUGCUGCUCCCACCCUGCCCCUGAGCCGCACCCCGCCUGCCUGGCUGUGACAGCGCCUGUCAGAGGCUCACGGGCUGUUUGGGGUGGGAAAGGACCUUAAAGACCACCCAGUUCCACCCCCCUGCCGCGGGCAGGGUCACCUUCCACUGGGCCAGGUUGCUGUCCCUGUCCCCUGCCACGCUCCCACCUGUGAUCCUGGUGUGUUCUUCGUUUAGGCACCGUGGUUUGGAGGGUGGAUAAAUGCAAACAGCUGAUGGCAGGAUGGAGGGUCAGACCACAUCCCUGGGCGACUCAAGGGCUGCUGGGUCUGGCAGAGCUGAGGGAAGGUGCUCAGAGCACCCCUCUGCGUGUGCAGCCCUGGGGGUGCUGCCUCCCGACCCCAGAAUGCUCACAAAUCAUCCCUUUGAACCACAAAAAUCCGAGGAGGAUGGAGGAGGCUCAGGGAGGGGACGAGGAGUCUUCUCCCGACCAAACCCGCGUCUCCCUGCACAGCAAAUCUCUGCUUCAGCCGCCUCUGCACAGGGCCUGGCUGUUAAUGAGGAGUUUUCCUUUGUCCUCAAGGAACCUUUCCCACACACAGCACGGCCUGGUGCUGCUCUGCUCUUGGUUUCUCGUUAGCCCCGAGCCCUGCUCAGCUCAGCAAGGCCGGGGCUCUGGGCUCGGCGCUGCUGUGCUUUGUUCAGCCGGAGCGAGGGGAGGAGGGAUGUGCUGCCUUUGUCUGGCUGCAGCACAGCUGGAGGCUGAGCCUUUGCUUUCUCUCCCCAGACGGGCUGGAGAGAGUGACAGACAAAGCAGUGCCGUGGGAAUAGAGCUGCUGUAAGACCUGAUGAAGAGAUGGCAGGGACCGGGAACGGGGCUGGGGGUGACAGUCGCGAAUCAAAGCUGGGGAUGUGCUGAGCAUUCAGAGAGGGGGAAAAGAGGAGCUCUGAGCCCCCACGCAGGGAGAAGCAGAUCCAGGUCAGCUGCCUGUGUAGUGAAUCCCAAGCUCCCAUCACCAAGCAGGAUGCUGGUACAUCCCUGGAACUGCUGAGUCCCUGGUAGCAGUGGGGAGGGAGGGCUUUCCCCCAUGUUGGAACCAGUGUAGCGUGCAGAGGAGGGAGGGUGGCAUUCCCCAGCUGUGGCACGAGCUGGAGGAUUGAGAACCAUCUGCACUGAUGGCUCUCACAGCUGCACCUUCGUUCCUGCCCUUCUCUGGGCUGCUCCUGCCGCCGUGGGAAGCAGGAGCCUGCAGGAGAUUUGUCCCAACCUGCUGCUCUUUGUCACACAAGGGCCGUGCCCGCCCUCUGGGUGAGGGGGGUGUGACCCUGGCCAGGGCUGGGGAGCAGGGAGGGGGAUCAGGUGCUCCUGGCUGAGGGUGCAGGGGGUGGUUUGCGUUGUUUAAGCAGGUUUAAGGGGUUGGUUUGGGCUGAGCGGUGCUGGACGGGCUCCCAGAGCUCCGAACAGCAGAUGGCAUCCAUGGGCUGGAGCUCAGGCUGGAGCAACACCUCCAACAGCCAGGCAGAGAUGGACCACACUGCUGGGUGGCUCCAAAAUCCCAUUUUGGCCUUAGCUCUUGGUUACCAGCACAAGGAUCCAGCAAAGAAAUGGAUGUGGAAAGAAAAUGCAUCUCCUCCAGCAUCUUGUUCCCAGGCAUCCCCUCUGAUCCAAACACCUUCCAGCAGCUGAAUUCUGCUCUGGGAUCCAAAUGGUCCUUAAAGCUGCUGCCCAGAGUCAGUCAGGGAAAUGCCUUUGGGGUUGAAUCCUGCUGCUGCAGCCCCCUGAGCUCUGCAGUGAACCCCUAAGGAUUAGCCAGCUGCUGCAGAGGUUCUUUCCCUGGGUAAACUUUGCCUGUGGUCUCCUGCAGAUGAUGCUGAGUGCUUCCAUGCUGGGAACUGGUGCACUUUGUGCCUGCAGGGAUGAGGUGAAGCCUCAGCUGUGAGGUUGAGCCCAGUGAUAGAACCAUUGGAACGUGGCCUGUGAUGGGAAUUGCCAGUGGGGAGAGGGGAGCUUUGAUGGCUGUGUGGGGCAGACAACCAGUGUUUGGGGUGAGGGGUGAUGGCAGAUCCUGCUUUUCCCUGGAAUUUUCUGGCUGUUCAGCCUCGGGCAAGCACAGAGGUGCCCUGUGAGAGGGGGGCUGUGAGUCUGUGUGCACAGAGGGGGGAGUCCUGUGCGUUGGUGCAAAAGCAAUGUGUGCAGCCCCCGGCCCUGUGCGUGUGUCCCUCGGGACCAGGGUCAAGUGUGGCAGCACAGGGGGGGCUGUCUGUGCAUCCCAGACCAACAGCAAUGUCUGUGCAUCCCAGAGCAGCAGCUCCAGCUGCUCUGUGCUCCCAGGGCCCCAAGAGAAUUCCCACCCAGCGAGCUCGGGGCUCUCCCAGCGCUGCACCCACGUUAUGAGAGCACAUACCUGCGAGCCACUGUCACCUCCAGCAGCUCCUGCUGCCUGAGCACCCCGUGACAAGCAGAGCUGCUCCCAGGGCUCUCCGGGAGGUAUUUGCCUGGGUUCACACGUUACCCAGCUCAGUGGGUGGCAGACAUGCACCUGUUGCACCGUCGGGGCUUGUGGGUUCCUCCCUGUUUUGCUCCCUGGGAGCUGCUGCCCUGGCUGGGGUUGGUCCUGCUCUCACGGGAGGUUUUGUGGCCUCCAGGCUCUUGCUGCCCUGGUUCUUUGGGCAGGUUUUUCCCUCAAAACAAGCUCAAACCGAACUGUGGUGUUUGUUCUUGAGGGACAGGGGGUUUGCUGAACUGCCCAGCUCCUCUCACGGCAGGAGGAGUUGGUUGGGCAACCUUAACCCAUUUGGAUGCCAAUUCAGGACUGCAUUUAAGGGGAGUGCUCAGACCUCAGCAUGGAGGACCUGCUGAUGCCAGAGCAGCUGAACCUUUCCUGUAAGCUGUGGUCGGUGCUGCAAGGGGAAUACUUCAGAAAUAAAGCAAUCACAUCUAAAAUC